GUUUUCGAUUUUGGUAGUUAACCUUUGACCUGGGGUAGAGUUCAACCAUACCGUUUUAUAAUAACCAAAACUGAUUCGAUGUAGAAGCUUGGAAUGAAUGUUUUAUUCGUUAUUUUCCUUUAACAUAUGCUCUUUAAUGAAUUGACGGAGCAACCAUUAGCACAGGAACCGAUUUGUUGGUUAUGGCAGACAGAGUGCAUGUAAUCACAGGAGGUGGGGGUUAUCCGGGAUUCCACCUCGGGAAGAAACUAGCUGAAACUGGAAAGACUGUUAUUCUAGUGGACAUCAUAAAACCAAGGUGGCCACUGCAUGAAAACAUGUCAUUUAUUAAGUGCAACAUUGCUCAAGGUUAUGAAGCAGAGGCAGCAUUACAAGGAGCAGACUGUGUGUAUCAUAUGGCAUCUUAUGGAAUGUCUGGAAGGGAACAACUGAACACAAAGGUGAUUGAAGCAGUAAAUGUAGGAGGAACACAAAAUGUCAUCAAAGCUUGUUUGAAGCACAAGAUUCAGAGACUUGUCUACACCAGUACAUACAAUGUCAUUUUUGGAGGCCAGGAAAUUUGUGAUGGGAAUGAGUCUCUAUGCUAUCUGCCUUUGGAUAAACAUCCUGACCACUAUUCACGUACCAAAAGUAUCGCAGAACAGAAAGUAUUAGCUGCCAAUGACCCUGGUAAACUCCACACCUGUGCCCUCAGAUUGGCUGGGGUAUAUGGUGUGGGGGAACUCCGUCAUAUACCCAGGACUGUGAACACAGUACAGUCAGGAGCCAUGCAGGCCCUGUUUGGAAAAGACUCUUUACAAGAUUUUCUCCACAUCAACAACUUGGUCCAGGCUCACAUUCUAGCAGGACAGGCAUUAAUGGAGUCAAAGAAAUAUGUGGCCGCUGGUCAAGCAUACUUUGUAUCAGAUGGUGCUCCAAUCAACACAUUUGAAUUUUUCAGGCCACUGCUGGAUGGAUUGGGCUACCCACUACCAAAGAUUUAUGUACCUGUCGCUUUAGUCUAUGCUGUAGCUUUUGUUAUAGAGUGGAUCCACUUUUUCAUUGGAAGAAUUUACAACUUUCAACCUAUACUAACAAGAACAGAGGUGUACAAAUCUGGUGUCACUCACUACUUCAGCAUCAGGAAAGCUAUCAGGGAUUUAGGAUACAAGCCAAUGGUACAGAAUGAAAUGUCGGAUGUUCUGAAAGAGUAUAUUCAGAAAGGAUAUCAGAAAACAAAGAGAAAACAGUCGGCCUUUAUAUACUAUCUUGUAAAUGUUAUCAUAGCUGUGAUAUUUGCAUCAUUCAUUUUAUCUUGGUUGCCUGGAGUUAAAUAAAAUUGAUGAUAAAAA